GAUUCGUACUUCCAGACAUUGCUUCCGCCAAGGGGAGUUUCAAGUGCGAAAGAAUAUCCAGUUCCACGCUCGAACUGACCUUGGAUGGUAUCAGUGCGAGUGGUGCUCAAGUUUAAAGAUGCAGUGCCCCGUGAACAGCGGCCGCAAGUAUAGUAUCUGGGGUUUCCAAGAAGCGAUUCGGCGCAUGGCACCACCGCGAGAUGCAAAAAUGCUCGCCUCAUUUAUUCUUACACUGACUUGUCACCGUCCAAACUUACCAGCUCCAGCGUCGCCGAUGCGCAACCCUUCGGAUUUGUCAUGCACAUUAAGAGGACCGGUGCGAAUCAGUAGGGUCCAAGCACAUUGGACCGUUGUACAAAGCGUACGGUCGGAUUGUGUGUUGAGAAAGCCUCCAGCACCGCAAGAGCGUCUGGCCUCCGCAGACUUCGGUUGCUGCAACUACGAUUCUCUUUUAUGUUAUUUACAUCCGGCGAAGGGGUUAAAGCCAAGACCCGCGGCUUGGAGUGCCUUCCUUUCCCGGCCGCGGAGAGGCGAGAGAGCAGGUGACUACCUGCCAAAACACAAAUAUUAACGUGCUCAUUGUACUUCCUCCUGAACCGAAGUGCAGUCGCGUAAAGAUGAUCUAAUAAUCGUU